AUGGCGGCACGGACCAACACGCCUAAAAAGGUCCGACUGGCUUGCCGUCGUUGUCGAUCGCGGCGCAUCAAGUGCGACGGUCAAGUUCCUGCGUGCACGAACUGCGCAAAGGCUGGGCAGGUAUGUCUGGAUGUUGACAGCCAAAACUCCGACGUUGUUAUUCCUCGCAACUUUGCCGGAGCUGCUCGUGCAAGGAUACAGUGGCUUGAAAACAUCAUUAAAGAACGCGCUCCUGAUGUUGAUCUGCGAUCGGGGCCUCAUGUUGAGCCGGCUCUUGGGCACGAGACAAGGUUUCCGAAUGUAGGUGGAGAUGAAGAUGGUGAGCCAUCAACAGCACAAACACCUGCGGUUACAAGUCCAGCCUUACAGAGAAUUCCGUCGAAGAGAUCAGCAGAUGUAUCUGGACAGCCUGAUCAUGAUGGGUCGUUCCCGGAACGGGUUCACUCAGUUGCCGUUAACCUGGGUAUGCUUUCUCUCAACUCAGACUCUCCUGAGAGGCAUUACCUUGGUUCGAGCUCGGGUUUACUCUUUACGAAUCUUAUUGGAGCCUCACCAUCAAGUGUCGGGUCUACACCACAGUGUAUUAAUGAUAGUAUCAAUGCGGGUGGCUCGGAGUGGCAGGACACAGAUAAGAGCUCAGACUAUAAGACUUACUAUCAAGCACUAUAUGCUUCUCUACAAAAGGAACUACCGACAAAGCCAGAGGCUCUCAUUCUUGCCCAUACAUAUAUACGCUGGGUGCACCCCGAUUUUCCGGUCCUAGAGCCUUCGUCUUUGUUAAGUGCUAUAGAUGCGAUCUAUUUAUGCGUUCUUGAACCUGGAGAGGUGGGUAGUUCACCUCAUGGCUGGCCCAGUACUAUGCCUCCAUUCCGGUGGAAUGGACGAACAAUCGUACCUGGAGUUUCGGAAAAUCAUGGGACCACCCUGCCCGUGAUUGCAUUCAUUCUCUUCAUGGUCUUCAAUAUUGCAGCUAUAGUCAAAGUCCGGACUAGAGUCUAUGAAUUUCCUCCGCAGAAAUUUUAUAGAGCAGCCGUUCUUUUUUCCAAGGAGGCCUUUUCACAGAUUUCACUUCCCACAAUCCAGGCCUUAGUUAUGCUUAUUAAUCACAGCAUGCUUACGCCAGCUGAGAUAAAUCUCUGGACCUUGGUUCAUAUCGCCCUGGCUCAUUGCGUGGAGCUUGGCAUCCAUCGCGAACUGCAGAAUGUACAACCGGAAGACGUUGCGCUGCAACAGAUCAGACGAUUUACAUUUUUCACCAUAUACUCUCUUGAUAGGUCAAUUUCUUCUGUCCAAGGCCGUCCUCUUGGCUUUAGAGAUGAAACAUUCGAUAUCAAGCUUCCCCAACCACCACCCGAAGACGAUGAUGUGGAUGGAGCUAUUCCACAGUCUUUCAUGGCCGCCGUCACUCGAUACGCGUCAUUCACUUACAAGCUUGACCGGAUCGUGUCCGACAUCAAGCUUCAUUUCUAUCAUCUCCCAGAAGACUCUAGCUGGUUUCCCUGGCCUGAAAACCCCAUCGAACAUCAGCAGAGAAUUAAAGAGACCUUGGAUGGCUGGUGGCAAGAAGUUUCCCAAGAGACAUUCGACUUUCCGAGUCUCAACGCUCGUCAACGAGAAGUCUGGAAGCUCAAGCUCAGAAUUAAGUAUUACACGAUAACCGUUUUGCUGUUCCAGCCCUCUCAAGUGGUACGAAGCCCAUCUGCAGAUGCACUACAGAUUUGCUUCAACAGUUCUUCAAGCAUCCUUGAAGGCUACCAGCGGUUGUACAGUCUCCAAAGUCUUCAUUAUGGUUGGAGGGCAGUGCAAAAUAUUUUUGCUGCUGGAGCAACGUUGAUCUAUUCAUUCUGGACCUCACAAGAAGUCCGUAAAAGUGUGUCUAUACCUAGAAUGUCUAAGGACGUACGAACUUGUUCCAGCCUUCUCACUAUUGGCGGCGAAUGGUGGCCAUCUGCUAAGAAUGGACAAGAGAGCUUUGACUCAGUGGCUAGCUUGACGAUGCGAAAGCUGUACAUGGAUGAACCCCCGUUCAAGGCCCCGCGUCUGUCAAUUCACUCGACCGCCGCCGGACUAUCCAGCCGUCGGGCUGAAAGAGGGGCGCUGGAAGACAACUCCAUCACGGUGGUGGACAAUGCUCAAGACAUGGACGGCAUAACCCAGCUGCCGCUUGAAGAGAUGCAUAAGUCAUGGCAAGGAAUGGGAGUAGAUGUCGACGAUGACCAGGCCAUCUGGUACGGCAUUGACACUGCCAGAGUCGACUUCAUGCCAGAAAUUGAAAUGUUUCUGGCCGACUUUGACAGAUCCGAAUUUACCUGGAGCUUCCCUCUGAAUGGAAACGGCGAUCUUGAUCAAUUCGGAAUGCAUCCGAACAACCGUUUCUGA